AUGGGUUUUACAGGAAACUACUGGGUUUGGAUUUCUCAUGGAGAGAAUUAUGAUAUUCUAAACAAUCCUGAGAAUAUAAUUACUAGUGAAGAUGCUUCUAGUUUUGACUCUCAAACCGAGACAGUAAAUCCUUAUGUGUCAAUGGUAUCAGAUGCAUAUAGUAAUAAGGAAACUUCAUUCGAUGAAAAUAUGGAAGAAGAGCCUAAUGCUGAGGCUAAAAAGUUUUACAAUAUUUUGGAUGCUGCUAAACAUCCAAUUUAUGAUGGAUGUAAAGAAGGUCUCUCACAACUUUCUUUAGCAGCUCGACUCAUGAGUUUGAAGACAGAUUAUAAUUUGCCUCAAAAUUGUAUGGAUUCGAUUUCUCAGAUGAUGCAAGAGUAUUUGCCACAAGGUAACAAUUCAAUGAAUUCUUACUAUGAUAUAAAGAAGCUUAUGCGGUCUUUAGGUUUACCUUAUCAGAAGAUUGAUGUUUGCCAAGAUAAUUGUAUGCUAUUUUGGAAGGAUUCUGCGAACCUAGAAAACCGUCUAUUCUGCAAAAAAGAUAGAUAUCGACCUACUCAAAAUUUGGGACAGAAAAAGGUUGCAUACAACAAAAUGUUUUAUAUGCCGGUUAGAGAUAGAUUAAAGAGAUUAUAUCAGUCUAAUAAUACUGCAAGAGAUAUGAGAUGGCAUGCAGAACAUUCAAUGAAUGGUGGAGAAAUGUGUCAUCCUUCAGAUGGAAAAGCAUGGAAACAUUUUCGUGAGGUAUAUCCUGAAUUUGCAUCUGAGUCAAGAAAUAUUUACCUUGGGUUAUGCACAGAUGGUUUUAAUCCAUUUGGUAUGUCAGGACAAAACUAUUCUUUAUGGCAUGUGAUUCUGACUCCGUAUAAUAUGCCACCUGAGAUGUGCAUGAAACCAGAAUUUAUGUUUCUAACCAUUCUAGUCCCUGGACCUAAUCAUCCUAAGAGAAGUCUCGAUAUAUUCCUUCAGCCACUGAUAGAAGAGUUAAAGGAUCUGUGGGAUAACGGGAUUGAGGCCUAUGAUAUUUCUACUAAGGAGAACUUUAUAUUACGAGUUGUGCUUAUGUGGACAAUAAGUGACUUUCCUGCUUAUGCUAUGCUUUCUGGAUGGACAACUCAUGGUCGAUUGGCAUGUCCUUAUUGUAUGGACCAGACUGAUGCAUUUCAGUUGAAGAAUGGUAGAAAAACAAGUUGGUUUGAUUGUCAUCGUCGUUUUCUACCAGCAGAUCAUACCUAUCGGCGAAAUAAGAAAAAUUUUAAAAGAGGAAGGGUUGUGAGUGAUGAUCCACCUCUGUUGCUUACAGGCGAGGAAAUAUGGAACAAAGUAAAUGGUUUGCCCAAAACAGUUGACUGCGGAGGAAACCAUGGGCGCUUAAAGGGUUAUGGUGACACUCAUAACUGGCACAAGCAAAGCAUUUUUUGGGAGUUGCCUUACUGGAAGAAUCAUAAACUUCGGCACAAUCUUGAUGUGAUGCAUAUAGAAAAGAAUUUUUUUGAUAAUAUCAUCAAUACUCUACUGAAUGUUCAAGGAAAAACAAAGGAUGGCAUCAAAUCACGACUUGAUUUGAAAGAGUAUUGUAACAGGAAAGAUCUUCACUUAACAACUGAUGGCAAGGUUCCCUUCCCAAUUUUCAGACUACAAGCUGAUGCAAAAGUAGCUUUCUUAAAAUGGCUUGAAAAAGAUGUUAAGUUUUCUGAUGGAUAUGCAUCAAGUCUAUCAAAAUGUGUUGAUUUAUCUGGUGGUAAAUUAACAGGAAUGAAAAGUCACGAUUGUCAUGUUCUAAUGCAACGGCUCAUUCCAAUUGCGUUUGCUGAACUUAUGGAUAAAUCUGUGCAUGAAGCACUAUCAGGUCUCAAAGAAAACAGGGAAGUUAAGAAGGUGAAUAGAAUUCCAAAGCCAAAGAUAGAGAAAGCAAGCAAGAAGGAAAAUGCAACGGAGGAGGAUAAAUCAAAAGGCUCUGAAGACAACGCCAAUGCUUAUGAAUCUGAAGCUGGUGCCAAAGAAGAAGGGGGCCACCACGAGUAG